AUGGCUCCCCCGACGGGAGGCUACCCGGCUCGGGCUGCGCUCACUGGGGGUGCCCGGGCAGCUACCCAGCGGACGCCCACCCAGCGGCGCACCAGGGUGGCAGAGUCGGAUAACGUUUGCUCUUUGGAUGCAGGCAACCCAGCAAAGCUCCCACGGCCGCUGGUGGGCAUCGAUGCAGAGGCUGUUUACGGGUCGAUCCACGAGGAGGCGCCCUGCGACGCCCCGACCAGCCCCACGAGUCCGAGCACGAGCCCCACAGAGAGGGACGUGGCCCGAGAGAAGAAUGCUGCAAGGCAGUUUCUGUGGACCACCAUGGAUGCGGCCUUGCUGCGGCCCGGCGAGUUGGCCGCCUCCUUGCCCCUGCCACUGGCAGCGGUCUUGACACCCUUUGCAGACAGUGCCGACUUCACCUCACUGCCGAUUUCCAUGACCGGCGAUGACGAACCUCUUCGGUGUCCGCGCUGCAGGUGCUAUGCCAAUCCGCACUUCAAGUGGAGUAUGAAGGACAACGCGAAGUUUCAGUGCAACAUGUGCAGCCAUACCUUAGAUGUUCCUCAGAAGUUCAUGGACGACAUGGAACGGAACGGCCAGUGCGCGGAUGCCGACACCCAUCCGGAGCUCGUUUACGGAUCCGUAGACUUCACUGCCGGGGCACUGCUCGAGGAGGAGCUGCAGAGGCCUCUAUGCCCAUUCGUGUGCUUCGUGGUGGAAACAACGCCCUGGGCCAUCCGCCACGGCUUCGUCUCGAUGGCCUUGGAGGCAUUGCAGCGAGCCGUCGAGGCACCGCAUCCCUUGGAGCGGCCUGUCUGCCUCGUCACCUUCGACGAGAUUGUCACCUUCUACGAGCCCACUCACUCUGGGCGCUUCCGGGCUGUUGUUAUGCCAGACCUCGAUGAUCCGUUUUUGCCGGUGAUCCCAGAGACACUUGGAGUACACUUGCAAGAUCCGGAGCAGAAGGGGUCGUUUCUCGAGCUGCUGGCCUCCCUGCAGAAGGAGUACAGCAAGGCCACCUGGCUCCAGGAGCCAACGUCGCCAUUUUGCAAGGAGGGUGACCCGUUCCAUUUGCACGACGAGACUCAGGAUGUUGCAAGCACAGCUGUUCUGCGCACAUGCGUUCAAGCACUUACCACCAUGGGCGGAGGCGACGUCGUACUUUUCCAGGCGACGGUCGGUGAAAGCUGGGUCGGCGACAGCGACUCUGCGCCCGAAGCCGACGACCCGCUCUCACCGAAGACGCCAAAGACGCCAAAAACGCCGAAGACACCCAUGGGGACCCCCUUGAAGAAAAAGAAGAAGCGCAGCUUCUUGGAGCAGAUGCAUCGUACAUGCUGUCGCACAGGCGUGGCUGUCAGUGCAGUGACAGUCGCUCGCGAGGGCUGCGAUGCCACGAAGCUCCACUGGCUGCCCUGGCGGACCGGCGGAGAUGUGCUGCACGUGCCAAGCUUCGGACCUGGAGCGGGCCAGAACAUGGCCCAGCAUCUGCAGCACUGGAUGAGAAAGAUGCAAGGUAGUGCUUACAAUUGCGUGGUGAAGUUCCGCUGCAGCAAAGGCCUCAGCUGCAAGUCCCUCCUGGCACCGUGGCCGGCCGCGGCCUCGGCAGCCGACCAGAGCGCCUUCGAGGUGCCGAGACUCUCUCCCGAGAUGUCUGUCACCUUCAUCCUGCGGCCCGAGAUCGAAACAGACCCAGAGGAGGACUACUCCCGUAUCCGCGACCGGAAGUCUUUGUCUGUUCAAGCAGCCAUCCUGUAUACCAACUCCAAAGGGGAGCGGCUGCUGAGGACCCACACGCGGAGCUUGACCGUUCCCAACUCCGUAAGGCAAGUCUACCAGAGCGUGAAUCUGGCGCCGCUUAUGACAGUACUGCUGAAGCAGGCGGUUGCGGUGGCGCUCGACCCCACGCAGUCGGCCAAGAUCCCGCGGGACCUUCUCCUGGAGAGCUGUCUGCAGAUUCUCGGAACGUUUCGGAGACGGUGCGUGGAAUACGCGACCAAGAAUUGUUUAGUCAUCAACCGUCAGUUGUUGCUGUUUCCGCUAUACGUCCUGGCGGCCCGGAAGCUACUCUAUUCUCUGACGAGCUCAAAAGAGGACAAGGCCCAAGUGGAGGAGUCCCUGCACCGGAUCCUGAGGAUGCCAAUCCACAGUGUCAUGGUGGCCUUGUAUCCUAGGGUGUACCCUUUGCCGGCCGAUUCACCCGAGGGGGUGGACCUCCCAAGGGCAAGCGCUGCCCUGGAGGAGGUGGUGACGAGGGGAACCGCUCCGGCGCACCUCAUCACCAACGGCUUGGGCAUGUGGUACCAUCAGACAGGCGCACCCGAGCGAGAGAAAGAGCUCCGCGAAGCUGCUUCAGAGCUUGCGGAGAGGAUCCGCGAAGUGCUCCAGCCGAGCCAGGACUGGGUGCCUUUGACCGAUCUGCCGCGGCUGCCGACAGCCUUGGAGGAGAAGAUCGGACAAGAAGCCACUCCGAGCCGACGGCCGCGGUACGGAAGUCGGACUCCCAGCAUCAACGGGUCGCCACCAAGCCUCCCAAUCGGAAAGGGUGCAGAUCAAAUCAGCUGGCCCGAGAAGGUGAUGCUCUCUGCGAUCUUCGUAGAAGACGCUGGUGUCACUGAAGGGUCCUACGCUGACUGGGUUAUCUUCCUUCAGGAGCAGGUUGCUCAGCGAGUCUCUGAAAGCAGCUGA